AUGGAAAAUUUAAUUAAGUUCGAUCGAGAUGUUGAUAUGCGAGUGAGCACUCAUCUGAAGACCGCGAGGGGUGGCGUCCGAGCAGGGCAUGUAAAUGCGAGCAACGCACCGGCGCCACGAGCCGGAACCUACAUCCGCAGUAGCUUACAUCGGGAGGAAUGGAAAAUAUAUAUCAAACUGAGCGAAAAGUCCACUACACACCCCCAGGGUGGCGGGGCCCGGACGUGCGUUCGAUUCAAACGAGCCGUGGCCGCCCCCGAGCUGCCAGGCACUGUGACGUGCGCUCGCUUGCGGCCGCGCUGGCGCCGCAUGCUGCACGCGCGCCGCACGCACCGCACGCAUCGAGCGCGCAGGCGUGCGCGGGGCGGUGCUCUAAUUAACAUCUAUUACAGGUAUUUCGGGAACAGAGGAGUAUCAUUUGGCGAGGGCGCUGAGUACACUCAAUUAAACGAGGCCGGCACCCCGCCCUCGCCCCGCUCCCUGCCGCCGCACUCGCUCAGCCACGCGCUGUCACUUGUGCUGGCGCUGCACUCCUCAAGCACGUCUUAG